AUGGCCGCCUUCGUGCGAGUGUCGGGCCCGCCGAAUGGUAAUUUUUUGAUCGGUUACCCAGGUAUAUCAGCGACGAUGCCGCGUAUUGAAGGUAAAGUCGAAAUCAGGCCAAGUGUCGGCGUCACCGCUCCCGUCCACGUAUCACUUAUUACAAUAUCGCUUCAUCGGCGCGAGACAAUACAUCCUUCGGCAGAUUCGAUGACCAAAAAGCGCCUGGCACCUCCUAGGAAGGAAAUCACGGACACCGUGGGCAAGGAAAUGCUCCUCUUUCGCUGUCCAGCCGGUCGAGAAUACGAAGAGGUCAUUUCAAUGGAUUUGCCAUUUGUGCUUUUUAUCCCAUUCGGGCGUGGGGGGCCAGAUGCAUCCAGGAGGGUUCCCCCCGCCAGCAUGCAGCUCCCUAGCCGCACGGCGGAGACAUACUAUGAGAUUGUGGUGAUGGUUCAACAGGGACAUUCGGAGCAGAGGAAGUAUUCAUUCCCUGUACCUAUUACUCGAUAUGAUACGUUGUCCACAUUCGGAAUGUACAAUCGCCCCGAGUCCGCAGAAAGAGUGUCGGAUCACUUGGUUACGUUGGGGAUAUCAUUACCGAGAUGGUCCUAUGGCCCUCUUGACCCAGUGAGCGUCUACGUGAAGCUUUCACCCAACCCGGAUUGGAUAAGUAAGGCUAGGAAGGUUACAAUAAGCAAGAUCACCAUUGGGAUCGACGAGGAGAUCAUAUUCAAUCAUGAAGGCGACGAACCACAAAGAAAAGUGAAAACAUUAACGAAGAGAACUGAGCCGGUCGGGGUGAAACUGCCACCGUCAGGUUUUUUGACAAAUCUCGGACUUGUGUUCCCGGCAAAAGAUAUGCGAGAUGCAGAAGGAAUCCUACCCAGAGGCAAAGCCGCUUUUCCUAUGUAUGCUGUUAGCGGCUUCACAACCACAGCGAGUCUCUAUAAGAUCGAAUACUAUCUGACGGUAAAGGCUCACCUAACGUCCGCACGAGACAUUGUCAUUCGCCACCCAAUUGUUGUUUGUCCUCUUGACCACGCCGGGUGCAAAGAGGAAAUGGAAGCUAUCGAGCUAGCGGCUCGAGAAGCCGUUCAUGUGAAUCCUGACAACCCCAUGUUGCCGCUUCCUUCAAUAGUACGGCCUACGGAUCAGAACGCCCUGCGCCACCUUGGCGUAGCGAUUGUCGGUAAACAAAAGAAGCCACUAAUAGACUGA